AAAAAUGAGAGCUUUAAUCGUGAUUCUCUUUUUGAUAUCUUGUUUACCAUUUACACAAGGAACAAGGGACUGUAGUCGUGUUAUAAACAGUUUAAACUUUCACUUAAACAAAAUCAACUUUAAUUACAGCAAGAAACAAAAUUUUGUUUACUCAGCAUACAGCUUGGGAGAAGCCAUAUCAUCAAUACUUUUCCUGUUGUCUGAACAAGCCAAACAAGACAUCCAAAAGCAAAUUGGACUUACUCAUUCAAACCUGGUUGAUUGUUUUUCAAAGCUACGUGAAAAGAAAAAACAUUUUACGGUAUUUAAAAGCGCCAACAAAAUAUGGCUGGAUGAAAAUGUCAAGGUUAAUAAGAUGCGAUUAAGAGAAAUUACAGAAAAUGUUGGAAAGAUUAUAACUGUCAUGGAUAUUCGUAAAAACACCUGUUUUGCAAGACACACAAUUAAUUCUUGGAUAUUAAACCACACUAAUGGAAUGAUUCAAAACUUUUUGGACGAAGGAGCAUUGACUUCACAAAGUAAAGUUAUUGUCACCAACGCCAUUUACUUUCAUGGAACAUGGAAGUUUCCCUUUGAAAAAAAAUUUACUUCAAAUAGGGAUUUCUUUAUGUCACCAAAAGAAAAAAUUGAAGUUCCAACAAUGGCAAACACGUUAAAUGUCAAUUAUUAUGGAGAUAAGGAAUUUGGUAAAAUGGUGGAGAUUCCAUAUAAGGGAGAUCGUUAUGCCAUGAUCAUUUUGCUAAGCAAAAGCGAUACAGACUUGAACAAGACAGUUUUUAACAACGCUAUUAAAAAAAUGAAGAAAAGAAAGUUGAAAUUAUUUUUCCCAAAGUUUAAAAUUUUAUCAAAACUAGAACUGAAGCAAGCUCUUGUAAAAAUGAAGUUAAAAAUGCUGUUCAGCAAAAUCGACUUUGUUCAAGAUGACGUCUACUUUGAUCAAGUUCUUCAUCAGUGUCAAAUAACUGUAGAUGAGGAAGGCUCCGAGGCUAGUGCUGGCACAGGCGUGAUGAGUGGUCGAUCAAUGACACAAUCAUUCCAUGUAAACAAACCGUUCCACUUUUUUAUUAGAAACAUACAAACGAAUAUGAUUUUAUUUUCUGGAUAUGUUGUAAAACCAAGUUGGACAUAAUGCUCGAAAUAAUGAAAUUAAAUUUAAUUUUUUUUGAUCUAUUGUUACUUUUAAAAAUUAUUUACCCAGGUUAAUCUCUUUAGUUCUUAUUGUACUGGUAUCAACGAAGAUCCUGAGAAAUGUA